CCCUUUUUCUUAAUUUAUUCUCAUCAUUUUCUUUGUUCUUCCCUUAAGAUACAAGUCCUCCAAUAAAAAUGGCAACCUGCAUUGAUUCUACUAAUUCUGAGCAACUCUGCUAUAUCCCUUGCAACUUUUGCAAUAUUGUUCUUGCAGUGAGUGUACCAUGCAGCAACUUGUUUGAUAUAGUGACAGUUCGAUGUGGACACUGCACAAAUAUGUGGACUGUAAAUAUGGCUGCUGCAUUUCAGUCUUCUUCUUCCUCCUCCUGGCAAAGUCACACUCAUCAUCUUCAUCAGGUGGCCAACUACACUCCUCCUGAAUACAAAAUAGAUUUUGGUUCGUCAUCCAAAUGCAACAGCAGGAAUAUGGCAGUCCGACCAUCCCUCACAAAUAAUCCUCGUGAGGAGAGGAUUGUAAAUCGGCCACCUGAGAAGAGGCAGCGAGUACCUUCUGCAUAUAACCAGUUCAUAAAAGAGGAAAUUCAGAGGAUCAAGGCUAAUAAUCCAGAUAUCACUCAUAGGGAAGCAUUUAGUACUGCUGCAAAAAAUUGGGCACACUUCCCUCACAUUCACUUUGGGCUCACGCUGGAGACCAAGAAUCAAGCUAAACUUGGUGCUAGUGAGAAUGCAGAAAAGCAUAUAAUCCAUAGGGCUGCAAUGCCAAAAAUAAAGAACUUCACCUUCUGAGAUUGAGAUUCUACUAUAAUGUUGAAUUGAAGACAAGUUAGAACUCAAGGUGUUCUAGCGUGUGAGUAUUAUUAAUUAAUAAAAGACCCUUUUAUUGUUCUAUUUGUUUCUUAUAUAUUUUGUAAUUUGUAAAACUUUAUUUAAUGUCUACAUUGUUUUUCUUUAAUGAGAAAAUUUCAAUUAACCUA